UAAAAAUCUUAAUUUGUAAAGCAACUCAAGCUGUCAGAUAAAUGUGGUGAAGUAAAAAGUUAUAUUUCCCUCUGAGAUGAAGCUUGGGAGAAAGUGGCAGGAGAAGUGAAGUACAAGUACCUCACAUUUGUACUUUAGUGCAGUACUUGAGUAAAUGCACUUAGUUACAUUUCACGUCAUGUUGAAAAUCAGACGUCAGAAGCAGAUGAAACGCAACGCCCAGUGGAGAUGGGCGGGUCACAUGCUGAAGUUUCUCUCUCUGUGAUUCAGUAAAAGGAAAUACUCUAUUAGUCUGAGGGGUUUCCAGCAGCAGGCUGCACAGGCCUUCAUUUAUAGAAACUGUAUAUAUACCGGGUCCAAUGGAGCCGCCGGUCAGUCCAACCUGUCCGGGUUCAGCAUGGCACGGGUCAGUCUCCAAAUGAUCUUCCUCGGCUCGCUGUUGAUCUUCAACGAGCAGACUACUUCUUCUGCCGGGAGCUCCAGAUGCAUCAGCGAGGCCCAGUUUAAUAACCGAGCUGACAGGUUUCGGGACAGCUACUGGGGCAAGUGGAGUGUUUCUAAAAACCUGGUUCCGGAGCGGGACACGAGGACGUGCGCGCAGGCGGCCAAAGAAAUGCACGGUGACCCGAGCAACCUAAUAAACAACCGCUCCCUGUCCCCGUGGAGGUACAGCCUAGACCGGGAUGUGGACAGGAUCCCACAUGACAUCGCCAUUGCGGAGUGCCUUUGUCAGGGCUGCAUCAUCAACCAGCGUGAAGAGCUGAGCUACAACUCCGUGCCAGUGUUUGCUACGCUGAUGGUCCUGAGGAAGACUCUCUGCGUACAUGACCCAAACAAAUACGAUGUGAAAAAGGUUUUUAUCAGAGUCCCCGUGGCCUGCACCUGUGUGGUGCCCAAGUACACUAAAUGAUCAGAAACUUCUCUGUUCAUUCUUUCUCUUUAUUAGCCAAGUUAACCGUAACAAAAUAAUCCAUUUUGUAGCUUGGGGUCAAAUAAAUCUAUGUGAUCUAUUACGGUGUCAUUAGUUAGCGCGGCGCCUGGGCAGGCAAUGUCGGUCAGUCCACGACUUUGGUCCAGACUGAAAACACUCUACAACUAUUGGACAGAUAGCUGCGAAACGUUCAUGUUCGCCAGAGGAUGAAUGCUACAGAUUUUAUUGAUCCCCCCGGGUUUUACAGCAGCACCACCAGCAGGUCAAAGGUUCAAUUUGUCCAAUACUUUAGUUUAUGGCCAAAAACCUGAAACCCAUCAGCCUCAGCUGUACCUUGUGUUUAGUGCUAAUUAGCAAAUGUUAGCAUGCUAACAGGCUAAACUAAGAUGGUAAACUUGGCAAACAUUAUAGCUGCUAAAGAUCAGCAUGUUAGCAUUGUCAUUGUGAGCAUGUUUAAGCUAGCAUUAGCAUUUAGCUCAAACCACGGCUAUGCCUGAGUACUGCCUCACAGAGCUGCUAGCAUGGCUGCAGAGUCUUAUUUGUUUAAAUGUUAACAAAUAUUAAUUUAACUUUAAUAAAAUUUAAAAUCAUGAAGGGUUCAACCUAGUGCAGUAAUAGAUGCUAACAGAAUAUGCAUAGUAAACCCCAGGAACUUUUCCAGAAAGACCAAUGAAAGAAACCCUCAUUGAACGAUUGUAUUGAUCAGACAGGAAGUGAUGUCAGGACUUCAGCUCUCUGGCGGUUCACCCUGAAACUGUCACACAUGAGCAUUUCAACAAAGUAUAUCAGCAAUUCAGCCAUUCACUCUCAUUGGGUCCGUGGUCCAGUAAAAACUGUAGCUACAGUUUAGGGAAUUUUUAUUAUUUAACUUUAUUCGAAGUUACAAAUGCACUAAACAGCAAGAUAUAUAACAAACAUAAUAAUCUGAUGCUUGGACGACUCAGUAUCUGGUCCAAAUGACUUAUCAAAUUGUCUAUCAGGUAACUAAAUCUUCCAUACAAUUAAUGAUUAUUUUCAUGAUGGAUUAUUCAGCCCACUAUUUUUGAGAUUAAUCAUUUAGUCUGUAAAAUGCCCAAAGUCGUGUUUCCAACCACAUUAACUGUCGGACCAAAAACUCCCAAAGAUAUCCAAUGAAAGCAAAAGUUUUUUAAAGUGCCAUCAAUUAGUUUUUUAAUCGAUAAUGCUCUUCACUGCACUAAUCGCCUAUUUAUUAUUUAGAGUACUAUUUUAUUUUUAUUUUUAUUUACUAUUUUUACACUUACCAAUCAAUGUGAAACAUCACAAAAGCAGCCUAUCAUUGUAUGUUAAUUUUAUGCCACAGCGGCUAGCAGCUAAAAGUGAACAGUUAAAGGAACAAUUCAACAUUUUGGGAAAUGUGCUUAUUCUCUUUCUUGCUGAGAGUUAGAUGAGUAGAUCGAUAUCACUCUCAUGUCUAUGCGCUAAAUAUGAAGCUACAGCCAGCAGCCGGUUAGCUUAGCUUAGCACAAAGAGUGGAAACAGGGGGAAACAGCUAGCCUUGUACUGUCUAAAGAUAACUUACUUGAGAAAUAGUAUCCUACUAAUGUUACAAAGUAAAAAUACUUCAUUACAAGUAAAAGUCCUGCUUUCAGAAUCCUACUUAAGUAAAAGUACAGUAGCAGUAGCAUCAGCAAAAACAUUGCACCUAAAAGUACUCUUUCUACAAAAACAUGGCCCCAGUCCAUUAUUAUAUCUGGCAUUAAAUGGCAGCAUUUUACUGUUGUAGCUGCUCGAGGUGGAGCUAGUUUUAACUACUUGAUAUACAAUCAGCUAGUUUUAACCACUUUAUAUACAGUUAGCUAGUUUUAACUACUUUAUACCUAGUUGGCUAGUUUUAACUGCUUUAUAUACAAUUAGCUAGUUUUAACUGCUUUAUAUCCAGUUAGCUAGUUUUAACUGCUUUAUAUACAGUUAGCUAGUUUUAACUGCUUUAUACCCAGCUAGCUAGUUUUAACUGCUUUAUAUCCAGUUAGCUAGUUUUAACUGCUUUAUAUACAAUUAGCUAGUUUUAACUGCUUUAUAUCCAGUUAGCUAGUUUUAACUGCUUUAUAUACAAUUAGCUAGUUUUAACUGCUUUAUAUCCAGUUAGCUAGUUUUAACUGCUUUAUAUACAGUUAGCUAGUUUUAACUGCUUUAUACCCAGCUAGCUAGUUUUAACUGCUUUAUAUACAAUUAGCUAGUUUUAACUGCUUUAUAUCCAGUUAGCUAGUUUUAACUGCUUUAUAGGCUAUAUAGUUAGCUAGUUUUAACUACUUUAUAUAUAGUUAGUUUAGUCCAGUGGUUCCCAACCUAGGGGUCGGGCCCCUCCAAAGGGUCACCAGAUAAAUCUAAGGGGUCUUAAGAUGAUUAAUGUGAAAGGAAAGAAGAAGAGACUAAGCUCUAAUACACGAAUUUGUUUUCAUUUUUUAGACUUUUCUCGAAUCUUUGAAUUUGUGGUGAAAAAUUGGAUAAUUUUAAAAAGUCUUUGGGCUUCAAAUAAUUGCGUGAAUGAAACCAUGUGCGAAGUUUAGAGGGGAAAUAUACUUUAGCUAAGCUUAUCAUAUAUUUUACAUGUAAAAUAUUUUCUUAAAAGUAACCAGUUGGUAUAACUGUCAGAUAAAUGUGGUGACUGUAAAGCGUCCUCAUUGAGUAUUGGAGCUUGUCAUGUGCUGUGUUUCAUAUGAAGUAAGCCUCAUUAGGCUAAAUGUGAAGAUUCCUACAGUGUUUUUUUUGUUUUCAAUAUAUAUUCUUUAUAUUUUUUUAUUUAUAUAGUAUUUUUUAAUUGUGAUAAAAGGAAUGCAGAUUUAAUCAAUGUGAAGGGGCCACAUAAUUAACUUGUGUUUUUUUUUUUACAACUCAUUUGGCAACCUGUGAAUGUUGGCCUCUGCUGGAAAAAGGGUGUAAUACACCUCUGGAGUUUAAAAUGUGACUUAAUCUGCUAGUUUAGAUUAAUUAUUAGAUUGUCUUGCACUUUUUUGUUUUUAUUUUGUAACCCUUGAUCCUUAGCCAUAAACUCAGGAGGGAUAAAGCCCUUAACACGAGACAAUUAAAUGUUCUCUUCUUUGUAAUGACGUGCCCCUUCACUGAUCCAGUGAAGUGUGAGUUUAGGCUAGUAAAUAAAAAGGUUUCUUUGA